AUGACAACCCCCCGACCCUCUGCUCCGCCUUCUCACCGGCCACGCAAAAAGCGCCCGUUUCUGGCCGGCACCUCAUUGAGCACCAAUGUCGACCUGAUCGUUGGCGCAAAUACCGCAGAACCAUCACCGGCAUUUCCGCUUGUCGCGUUUCUCUGGCCGGCACGAACCGGCGUCUCGCAAUGGCUUGUACUUCCCAUUAUACUCAUGGUAGCUGGGCUAUUUCGGUGGACUGUGGGACUGUGGGGAUACUCAGGCUUUGGUAUGCCUCCGAUGUAUGGCGAUUUCGAAGCCCAACGACAUUGGAUGGAGCUCACGAUUAACCUUCCCAUGUCCUCCUGGUACUUUUAUGAUUUGGAGUGGUGGGGCCUCGACUACCCUCCAUUGACUGCCUAUCAUAGUUGGCUACUCGGUAAACUGUAUGAUACCACAGGCUCGCUGAUUGAACCGGCUUGGUUCGCUCUUGACACCUCCCGCGGCGCCGAAGCGCAGCUCCUGAAAGUCUAUAUGCGUGCCACCGUUAUCGUGUCGGAGUACCUUGUCUAUAUCCCUGCCAUUGUGAUAUUCCUCAGGAGGUAUGCCCGUGAGCAGAGAGUAAAUACCUGGGCAGCGUCUGUCGCCCUCGUUGCCAUUCUGAUGCAACCGGCCACCAUGCUGAUCGAUCACGGCCACUUCCAAUACAACACAGUCAUGCUGGGGCUCGUCGUGGCGGCAUCAGAAAGCAUACUCGCGAGAAGAAGAUUAUGGGCUUGCAUAUUCUUCGUGGCUGCGCUCGGCUUCAAACAGAUGGCCCUGUACUAUGCGCCAGUUAUGUUCGCUUAUCUAUUGGGUACCUGUCUUUCCCCGCGCAUUAGACUGGGGAGACUUGUCGGGAUUAGUAUGAUAACCAUAGCCGCUUUUGCCCUUUUGUUAGCGCCGUUGAUUGCAGGAGCAGUUUAUGACAAAUACCGUGGGAUACCUAUUCCUGUUUCUCACCUGCCACUCUUCCAGUCCCUACCGGCAUCACUCAACAACGGAUCGUGGUUAUAUGCGUGCCUCAGUCAGUUGUGCCAGGCUAUCCACCGGGUGUUUCCUUUCUCUCGUGGCCUAUUUGAAGAUAAAGUCGCGAACCUCUGGUGCGCCAUCCACACGUUCUACAAAUUGAACCGCUUUUCGCCUCCUCUUCUCCAAAAGGCAUCGCUUGGUGCAACAAUUGUCAGCAUUAUCAUCCCUUGCAUUGCCAUCGGACGGCAUCCCCGCUCCGAACUUCUCUUGCUUGCGUUGGCCAAUAGCGCAUGGGGCUUCUUCCUUUGCUCGUUCCAAGUACAUGAAAAGAGUGUUCUCCUACCUUUGCUACCAAUGACUUUGCUCCUUUGCGGAGACGGGGGACUGGGGAAGGAAACUCGGGCUUGGGUCGGCUUGGCUAAUAUGCUUGGGGCAUGGACCUUGUUUCCCUUGCUGAAGAGAGAGGAGUUACGUGUUCCGUACUUCGUUAUCACCCUGUUAUGGGCUUAUCUUCUUGGGCUCCCCCCUACUUCGCUCAAUCUCUUUCGGACACAUGGAGAGCCCGGUAAUCUCCAUGUUCUUACUAAAUUGGUACACCUGGGGUGCUAUUCCUGUAUGGUUUCAUGGCACAUACUCGAAGCUUUCGUGCCGACUCCACGGACCAAGCCAAAUCUUUGGGUUGUUCUCAAUGUCCUGAUUGGGACAGCUGGUUUUGGCUUGAUGUAUCUUUGGUGCACAGUGAAACUCAUCCAGCAAGUUCGAUUGACCGCCCAGGCUGUGGAAUUACGUGCUACUCCCAUCUCUGACAUGAAGAAGCAGCAAUAA